CCCUUCUCUCUCUAAUGGAGUUUGGCAGAAUACUUUAUUUCCUGGAACACAGCUCGAUUCUUGUUACGGGUGCUAAUGGCUUUCUAGCUAAGAUUUUCAUCGAGAAGAUAUUGAGAGUACAACCACAAAUCAAGAAGCUUUAUCUUCUUUUAAGGGCCCCAGACAAAAAAACAGCCAUUUCACGUUUCAAGAACGAGGUCGUAGAAAAGGACUUGUUUAGGGUUUUGAAAGAGAAAUUUGGGGAUAAUUUAAAUACUUUUAUUUGGGAAAAAGUUAGAGUUGUCGCUGGAGAUAUUACGUAUGAGAAUUUGGGUGUGGAGGACUCAGAUUUAUUGGAAGAGAUGUGGGAACAAGUUGAUAUCGUGCUUAAUUUAGCUGCAACCACCAAUUUUGACGAAAGAUAUGAUGUUGCCCUUGGAGUAAAUACCCUGGGAGCUGGGCAUGUUUUCUAUUUCUCCAAAAAAUGCAAACAAUUAAAGGUGCUUGUUCACGUAUCAACUGCUUAUGUUUCGGGUGAGAAAGAGGGGCUAAUAUUGGAAACGCCUUAUAAAAUGGGGGAUACACUGAACGGUACAUUUGGAUUAGACAUUGAUGAAGAGAAAAAUUUGGUCGAUGAGACCACAAAACGCCUUAAAGCUGAGAAUCACUCUGAAGACUCCAUAGCAACAAUCUUGAAAGAAUUGGGAAUUCAGAGGGCAAGGAAAUUUGGGUGGCCAAAUACAUAUGUUUUCACUAAGGCAAUGGGGGAGAUGUUGUUGGGGCAGUUGAAAGAGGAAAUGCCUCUUGUAAUUAUUCGCCCCACAAUUGUAACCAGCACUUACAAAGAACCCUUCCCAGGUUGGGUUGAAGGGAUCAGGACAGUUGAUGGCUUGGUCGUUGGAUAUGGUAAAGGAAAAAUAACAUGUUUUCUUGGAGAUCCCAAGGGCAUUAUUGAUGUGAUACCGGCAGAUAUGGUGGUUAAUGCAAUGAUAGUGGCAAUGGCAGCUCAUGCGAAUGAUAAUAGCGGUAAUGAUAAUAUAUAUCACGUUGGCUCAUCUGUAUCAAAUCCUGUGGAAUUCACAUGGCUUCAAGAUUAUGCAUUGAAAUACUUCACAAGACAUCCUUGGAUUAACAAAGAUGGAAAGCCCGUGAUUGUUGGCAAAGUUAAUGUCCUGAGCUCAAUGGAUAGUUUCCAAAGAUACAUGACUAUUAGAUACGUUCUGCCUCUCAAGGCUUUACAGUUAUUGAACAUGUUAAGCUGCCAAUAUUUCCAGAGAUUGCACCUUGACAUGUGGAGAAAGAUCAAGUUUGUGAUGCGACUCAUUGAUCUUUACGGUCCUUAUUUGUUCUUCAAAGGCUUUUAUGAUGACAUGAAUUUGGAAAAACUGAGAAGAGCAGCAAAAGAAAGCGGUAUUGAGAGUAGCAUCUUCUAUUUUGAUCCCAAGACCAUUAACUGGGAAGAUUAUGCUAUGAACACUCACAUUCCCGGAGUUGUGAAAUAUGUAUUUGGGCAAAACCAAAGCAUGAAUUAGUGUGCUACACUCAAAGCACAAGAUUUAACUAUUUCGAAUUUACGACUUUGCGCCACAAAGACGAAUGAAUUGUUUCACUGGAACUUCUUGGCUUGUUGUUUAUUCAUUUAUUCUCUAUUAUUUUUUUCUAUUUUCUUGUAAAAAAUUCAUUUGUAUUCCAUCAUUCUCUUGGAUACCUAUCAUGACCUGACGUGUGCUUGUUUUCAAUUAUAAAUAGUUACUCAAAUAGAAAUAUA